AUGGAUACAGAUAAAUUUCGAGCAUCAAGAUCAAACAUAACCAAAACAAGUUAUCAUAAAAAUAAAACAAAUAAUUUAGUUCAAGUAAAAGUGCCACAUCAACCAGGACAACCGAAUCAAUCAUUAUUGACUACAAAUCAAUGGACUCUACUGACAAAUCUAUUUAGUGAUUAUAAAGAAUCAACAAUUUUCUUAGUUGGUCAACGUUUGAUAGAUAUAAAUGAUAUUUUACAAUCUUCUAAUUCUAUUUACGAAAUACGUGUAAAAGAAUUUCUAGCAUCAAUCUAUGAAACAACAGGAACAUAUCUUCGUUCUAAUGAUAAUUUUUAUAAUUUAUCAUCUGAUGAUCGUCCUAUUCUACUUCGUAGCGCUGCUGAAAAUGUAUCUUGUAUGGCAAUGGUAUUUGCUAUCGAACAUUUUCAUUUAUUUUCUUCCGAAAUUUUUUCAAAUAUAAUUGAAAAAAUAUAUGGAAAACAUUCAAUAACUCUUCAACUCAUGGCAAUGAAAUAUCUUGAUCCAGAUACUAUUUUAAUGAAAUUAGCUAUAUCAUUGUUUACUUUCUCAGAAAAUACUUAUUCAUUUAAUCCAAAUAUUCCAAAAGAUUUGACCAAUCCAAUAAAUAUAUUAAAAAUUCAAAAUAAGUAUGCAGAAAUUACAUGGAAAUAUCUUCUCUAUAAAUAUGGUCAUUAUCAAGCUGUUAAAAGAUUUCUUAAUUUAAUAUCAUGGCUUGAAGCUAUUAGUAAUUUUAUGUUUCAUUCACAAAAUCGUACAUCAUAUAUUAAUUCUAUUGAUUCAUUAGUUCAACAAACAGAAUUUCGAUUAUCAUUAGAUGAUGUUGAUCGAAUAGUUGAAAUGAAUGACUAA